GCUUUCGAGUGUUCUCGUUAUCGACUGUUGAUCCGGUACCCCCGUUGUUAGAGAUAUAUACCUAUAGAGAGAGUGUGUGUGUGAACGAGUAGUUGAUAGCCCUCUAUAUAGAGAAACGGGAUUAGUCGAGAGAGGUCUUGCACUUACUGCGUGCACAUGACGAGGACAACUUCGCUAAACACGGUCUCGAUGACCCCCGAGCUCGCGUCGUCGUGUCUAAUGAAUGCCGACGAACCGCCUCCUAUCUCCGCGAUGCCAUGGUUCGUUUCCUCUCUCCCUCGUCUCUUCUUUUCUUCUCUCACCAACACACCCGGCUCGCCGGGCUCACUGUCCGGAUGCGAUACGCGGCGACGAGCGGAACUGCUUACUAUGCUGUUUUCUCUACGACCCCCAGCCCUUGCCGACGGACUACCUUUGAGGGGAUGUCUUCUUCUUUUUUCAUCUCCCAGCCGAGUGGUCCGCCGCGCCCAAGUGUCGAAACCCGCUACCGGGAGCCGCAGCGGUUCCCCUGUCGGAGGCGAGCCGGGUACCCAUCGAUGGCGCCUUCGUUUUUUCGAGAGCUCGGAGCGAGCAGCCAGCGACAACGAAGCCGUGAUCCAUUAGGGAGGGGGGAAAGUGACGAAAUUAGCCCCGAGGCGGUUAGCGGUCUGUCAACGCGCGUGCGUGCGCUGUCCUCGAUCCGACACCCAAGCGUCUGUCCGUCCGUGACGCGUUAUCUCGCCCCCGGGAUGGACUUCCGCCGGGCAUCUGGCCGGCGAAGGCUUUUCUUCUGCCUUAGCCCCUAGCGGUGCGCGUUCGAGAGGGGGCGGAAGGGGAGGUCUCGUUCUACGCUACCCGCGUUGAUGGUGUCUCGGGUGUUGUGGUUGUCUGCACGACGGUUCCGAUGGCCUCGAUGUUUUGUAUCGCGUCGUGAGGAUCCGAGGGCGUUGGCUGGGGGCGA